GCCGUCUGGCUCAACGCGUUAUGGGUCGCUGGUCUCAUCCUUAGCUUGGCUUCCGCAUCCGUAGGAAUCAUGGUCAAGCAGUGGCUGAACGAGUACAGCAGCGGUGUCUCUGGGAGCUCUCGUUCCGUUGCGCAAACGCGCCAAUAUCGCCUAAAUCACCUCAGGACUUGGCAUGUAGAAGACGUCGUCAACACCAUCCCCGUACUUCUCCAGCUCGCCCUGGCCCUAUACCUCUCAGGGCUCCUUAUCCUGCUGUGGAAUCUCAACAACACCGUGGCCGUCGUCGCAUCAGCCCUCGUGGGUCUCUUGGCCAUCUUCACCGCCAUAACGACCUUGAUCCCUCUCUUCAACCACCGAUGCUCCUACCGCACACCCCAGAUCCGUGCAAUCAACUCGCUUUGGCAACCCAAGCUAUUCGCGUACUGGACGAGUGCCUGGAUAACACGAGGCCUUUGCGCUAUCCCUGAUCUACCCCCAACAUCAUGGAGAGCUCGCAAGCAGACGUGA